GAGCGGCAAGAGUGCCAGCAAUCGAGUCAGCGGGCUUUCGAAGAAGCGUGUCGAGUCGAAUCAGCGAACAUGGCGCACUCGGUGGACUUACUGCCGCCGGGAUUCCUGAUAUUUUGAUGCCCCGAAGAUGUCUUGCGACUCCGCACGCCUGAAGUAAACAAGCCUUUCUCGCAACCGACGAUUCCAACGUUUCACCGCAUCUGUCAGCCUGGCAAGUUGCUGGUACAAUCGUUAAGGAUGCUUCCCCUCUCGCACAAGGAUUCUCGAGGAUUAGGUAGUCGAAUAAAGGAGAAGGUCCUGAGUUGGAAGCGUCUGAUAUUCUCCGACAAGAACUCCCGGAACUUGUUUCUCUUCCUGAUACUGAACCUCUCAUUCGCCUUUGUCGAACUCACUUACGGAAUAUGGACCAACAGUCUGGGUCUGAUAUCGGACAGUUUUCACAUGUUCUUCGAUUGCACAGGCCUUGUAGCAGGACUCGCGGCGUCAGUUAUAACCAAGUGGCGCGCCAACGAGCGUUUCUCGUAUGGCUAUGUGAGAGCCGAGGUUCUCGCCGGCUUUGUAAACGGUCUCUUCCUCCUCUUCAUCGCUUUCUUCAUAAUGUCAGAGGCAGUGGAACGAGCCAUUGAGCCCCCAGAAGUAAAGCAUGAACGCCUCUUCGUUGUCUCCGUCCUUGGACUGCUUGUAAACCUUGUCGGCGUUUACGCCUUUCAGCACGGCCACGGUCACAGCCACGGCGGAGGCCAUGGGCACUCUCACGGGGACAGCCACGGGCACUCGCAUAACCACGGUCAUGGCCACAGCCACGACCACCACGACAUAGAGAUAGAUGGAAGCCAGGGCGGUGGUAAUUCCCAGAUAAUGAAGGGAGUGUUCCUCCAUAUUCUGGCCGACACGCUCGGAUCCGUCGGGGUAAUAAUAUCGGCUGUAUUGAUGCAGAUGUUUGGCUGGAUGAUAGCCGAUCCGAUCUGCUCGAUGUUCAUUGCCGUCCUGAUAGCACUCAGCGUUUUGUCACUGAUUUCCGAGUCCGUCACCAUUCUCAUGCAGAGACAGCCGGCGGCUCUCGAUCACGUUCUUCCCCAGUGCUAUAACAAGAUCACGCAGUUGGCCGGGGUCUACAGCGUGCAGGAGCCACACUUUUGGACACUGUGCUCAGACAUUUACGUCGGCUGUUUGAAACUCGAGGUCGCAAGGACCGUCGAUCCAAAAUACGUCGUCGCGCAUACUCAAAUGAUAUUCCAGGCUGCCGGCGUCAAACAACUUACCGUUCAGCUCGACUAUGCGCCUAUGUGAUCGACGAUCGAUAGUAAAAUUGGAGUAGGAAAUGACAACGUUGAUGAUGAUGGACUUUUUACAAAUAAUUGUAAUUGGAGGUACGAGGAUGCCCUUUUCGUCUGUGCCACCUGUGGCAAAAAGGCGAGGAACGUCGCCUUAGCUAAAAGCCUAUUUACUGUAUUCAAUUUUUGUGGUUCUAACGCGGUAGGCAGACGCGGUUACAAACUUAGAUUGCAAGUCGUUUAACGAUCAAAGAACAGGGACUCGAUGCAGAGUUUGUUUUUAUUUUCUUUUUUCAUACGUACCACUAUGAACACGUCAUUCCUUGCUUUUGCAUGGACGAAUUAAUGGACAAACUUGCCUGUGUUUUUUUUUUCCUGCAUCACAGUUUUCCUUGUCACAAAUUAGUUCACGAUCGAUCUAUUCCAUUUCCAGUUCAAUUUCGCAGUGAACUCGAGUCAGCAUAGAUAAUUAUAUUUUUUUAGAUCUUACCGUUUAAUUUAAAAUAUUACUUCUGAGUCCUGCCGGAAGACGAUCGACGUUAAAAAUUGUAGUGAAAUUAGACCAUGUAUAAUUUACUGUAAUAUUAUUUAAGCCUGUCGUCGGUCUUCGCAUCGGGGCGCGAAUAUCGUAGAAUCAAUAUAUAAUAUUAUCGUUGAAUAUUUUUACUUUUUUAAGAAUAUAUAAAUAUAUAUAUAUAUCACGUGUAUAUUAUAUAUACUGUGUAAUCUUAAUAGGAAAAGAAUUUUACUUAAAAAACGCAUCAUGGUUGUAAUAAUUAAAUCGUUUUUCGUUCCGUUUAAUCCGUGGUGCUGAGUUUUUCGUUUACUGGCCUAACACGUAAUACGUAUUUAAUAUAUUAAAAAUGAAAGAAAGAAAGGUUGUUCUCAAUAUUAAUCUGUAUAUGUGCAACAGUGUAUAAUAGGUAAUUUAAGUGUUAUUAUUAUUUAUCGUUAAACUUAGCACACGUGGUUAAAUAGUACACAAUUAAUAUUGAAAAAUUUCUAGUUUCCUUUUUCUUCAACGUAGUUAGGAGUAUCAUCAAAGGCCAGUCAAAAUUAAACUUACAGUAAGAAACAAACGCCUCGUUAAAAAUUCAUCAAGUUAAUAAUAUACAAAUUGCAUUUUGUUACUCCCUUGCCUAAUUAUUUUUUCAUUUUUUUAUAUCAAUCCGCAUUUAUCACGCUUAGGACCAAAAUUUAGGAUAAUUUAAAUCGUGCUAUCAUCUUGACGUAAAAUUCUAAAAAUUUCUACAGGAAUAAUGACACUAAAUGUAUAAUUACAAGUAAAACAAAUGAUGUACAUUGUAAUAAACGAAUCGGUGCAUGUAAUAUACAAUAAAUAUAUGAUCUAUUUAAAAAAUAAUACACACACACACAUAUAUAUAUAUCGCCGAUAAAUUUUCGUCAGCAAGUAAUAGAUAAUUUUAGUUCAAUACUACAAAUAAAUAUAAAGAGAAUCGGAACAUUCCAUGCAUAAUUCAUUAAUCACGAUGAAACUUAUAUAGUUGCGGUUGCACGUAUUUUCGCCUCGUCGUUACACGUGCGAAUAGGUAGCGAAUUCCAUCGUAAAACAGGAUUAAAAGUGAUAUGAAAAAUUUUACUCUAUGUAGACGACGUAAAUACAUUGUAAAUGUAUAUUCUAUCUAUAAAUAAUAUAUUUAUUAUACGCAAUUGCCCUCUAUAAUACAAUAUGCUAAUAUGAUUAUAAAUGGUAAUAUAAAUUAUUAUCCGAAUAGCGCGUUGAGUUAGUUAUACGUUGUAAAAUGGAGAAGCAAAUCAGGUACAAUCCUGAUUCUCUUAUCGCUACCCAUUAUCGUUUCAAUUCGUAUUUAAUAAAUAAAUUGAUGCGGUUUUUCAGCUCCUACUUGGGAAUAAAUUUAACUCACAAUCGGUGUUUCCUGCAUUUAAUUUUUCACUGUAAUGUUCCGUUUGAAUUAUAAUCAUUCUUGUCAUUAUCAUUAUACCGUCAUUGAUUAUUAAACAGGUUACUGUAAUAUGUAUCUAUGAAAUAAUAAUAAUAUCAUUCUGAUUUUUGUAAUUUAUAUACCACACGAAAAUGAUGUAAAUAAUAAUGAUUGAGAAAUAACAGAAUUAAAAACAAAUAAACGAACGAUAAUGAAACGCUCAAUAUAGAAUUUUGAAAUCUGGAUUCCGCUUAUUUCUUCCUACUCCAUUAAAGGACAAAAAAAAAUCUGAAGAAAUCAUAUUGUGAUUUUUAGAGACGUCUUCAAAUUCAAACCGUCACAGCGAAGCAAUUCAAUCUCUGAUCUCUUCACCUGUUACGUGAAUACUGAAUUAUUAAGUCGACUGUAUUUCGGUUGAAAAAUGUAUCAAGUGAAAAAAAAAGCAUCCGUUCCGUGAUUUAAAAACGUACGUAUAAAUGAUAAUCAAUGGGUUUUCAAAGCAGUAACGGGCUCUUCAAACACGUAUUACAUUUAUUUGGAGGAUAUGUGUAUACAUAUAUAAAUACAUAAAUAUUUUUCAUAGUAAAAUCGCUUUCAAGCUACGGUACAAUAGCGUCGUGGAGAAAGGAACGAUUUUCGCUCCGCGUUUCGCAGAAUAAUUUCAAUCUUAUAGUCUCAUCUGUUCUUCAUAAUUUCUUUUUUUCUCCAAAGCUGAAACUUUAAUACCCAUGCAGCAUGAUUCAGUUGUGUAAAAUUUAUGCAGAAACCACAAUUUGAUAUUUUCACAGAUUAUACAAUGCAGAAAUAUACUUUGUAUAUCUGCAUACGGUCAUUUGUCUGUUUACAAAUUUAUGUAUUUCAAUUCUCUUCGAAUCUCCUUCAUUAUUGUUGAAUUGAUUUUUCAUUAUUUUACUUUUUUCCACCUUAUUUACAUGUAUAAUAUACCUAUAAUACCUAUGCGAAAGUAUAAUAUAAAA